CAUACGAAAGAAAAAUUCUUCAUGGAACAUUUUACCUUCCAAACGCAAGUUAUAUAAGACUUUUCACCUCAAAAUCCAUCUAAAAAAGGACUUUUGACUGAACUUUCUGCGAAAAUCAUUUAAAAAUCUUUCAACAAGUCCUCAAUACGUGACCUCAGCUAACAAAAAUUCUCGAAAAAUCCUCAUAAAAAAAUGCCUCAAUCCGAGUUGAAAGACAUCCUCAUCAACGAACUGAGCAAAGGUCGUGCCAACAGCAAGGAACAAAAGCACGAAUUCAUCCUUUAUCACCCGUUGGAGGUCGAACAAAUGCUUUUACCCGAAACUGCCGCAUUUCUCGCCGUCAAAACUUACUUCAAAAUGUUGGGACUGCCUCUGAAGUGCGAAUCUCGCAUCAACGCGGAAUUCAUGAGUCCCGGCGGCGCCAAAACCAAACUGCCAAUUUUGCAAUAUGGGAACAUUUUGGUCGCGGAAUUCCUGCCAAUUGUAGAUUUUUUGGAGCACGAAGGGUACUCGCUUUGGCCCAAAGACAUGGAAAAGCGCGAACGGGAGAAUUGGAAUGCGAAGUUGCAAGAAAUGGACAACACCUUCACGAAUGCCGAACUUUUCGUGUGUUGGAUGGAUGACGCUGUGCGUGAGACAAUCACGUAUCCGCGUUACGGAAGCCCCUAUCCAUGGCCCUUGAACCACAUUCAGGCAUGGCGCAAACAUCGACAGGUGAAAAAGUUGCUGGAUGUCGACGAAUGGCUCGAUUACGACAUGGAAAUGGUCGGGAGUGAAAUUAAAGAUAAAUGUCGCGAAUUAAGUGAAAUGUUGCAAGAUCGUCCGUACUUUAAUGGAGCUUUUCCCACGGAAUUUGACGCUUUGAUGUUCGGGCAUUUGUAUGCGACGAUCACGACGAAUUUAAAUAACGUCGAGUUGGCGGAGAAAAUCAAUCAGAAGAGUAAUUUGACGAGAUUUUGUCAGCAUAUUGAGCAGGAAUAUUACAGCAGGAAGGGAAGUCGUUAAGAAAAGAAGCAUUUAAUGACGUUUCGUGAUAGUUUUCGUUGUUUAGAUGUAAAAUAAAGUACUUUUUGCCUCAAUUUUUGACUUUGGUAGUCUUUAAAUUCUCGAUUUUCCGAUAAAAAAUUUCAAUUUUCAUCAUAAAGUUUAAUUUUUGGCACAGAAAGAUCGAUUUUUGAUCACAAACUUUUAACUUUUGAUUUAAAUUGAUAAAA